CCCUGGAAGUUCAAAGUCAAGUGCUCCGUCUGCGCCCAGAACCUGACAUUAUCCUCCCUGACACAACCACAACAACGACACAUUCAACAUGUAAAUACUUUAAUCUAAACUCCUGCCUCAUCAUACACCCAUAAUCGCGCAUCCAUCUUGGCGACACUGACGAUGUACGAUGACUACAAAGACCGACCGCGCGAUCGCGACGAGCGGGAUCAGUACCGGCGCAGAUCCCCAUCUUCGAGGGACCACCAGUAUCGCUCGCGGCAUGGUAAAACCGAAUAGCCUGGAGGAUGAUGUGGAGUCGUAUCUUGAGCUUGAGCUGACUUUCCUGCGAGGAAAGACUCUUCUAGGUCGCCUAGAAGAACGCCGCCAAGGGGGCCUCGAGGGGAGGAUCCAUAUCGCGAUCGGGAUCGUGCACACCACGACCGCUCUAUGAAGAUGGACUCCGUGGAUGCAUACGAAUACGAUCCGCACGCAUAUGGGGAUGACAGGGCACAUGAUGAUCACCGCACUCGUCGAAGAGACCGCUCGCUCGACCAAGGCCGAGGUCGUGGCUACAGAGAUCCGGACAUGCCCAGAGAUCGCAGGCACAGAAGCCCACGCGACCACUCUUCCGAAAAUUCUGCGGACGACGGAUCAUAUCGCGAAAACGGGGGUUAUCGAUAUGGGCCAGGCCGACCAUAUCAUACCAUCAAGAUGGACGAGAUUCCAGGCAAUAUGAGCACACAAGACGUGGAUACUUGCUUGAGAGAAUUGGGUGCUGCCGGUCUUGUCGAAGUCCGCGUCAAGUCGGACGACAGAACUGGUGGCCGACGCUGUUAUGCCUUCGCUGAAUUCAAAUCCGACCAAGCUGCCAUCGACUUUCUCGAGAGACAUUAUCCCACACUAAAGAUAUACGCUGCAGAUGGCUCAGUUGCUCAUGUACCACUCGCUUACAGCCGAGAGCGACGACCCCUUGCGAUGACUACGGAUGACUGGCAAUGCACUAUGUGCCACUUUGAAAAUUUCUCUCGACGAGCAACCUGCAAACAGUGCAAAGCUCCUAGAUCCUCUGAGAACGCUGCAGACAUGCAUUUGGAUGGUAAGAGCGAUGAAUGCCCUCAGCAAGCACCAUCGCAGUUUCUUGUCAUUCGCAAUCUGCCUUCUUCGGUCAACGAGCACGUCUUGGCAACGGGGAUUAAGAAGCUCUACGUCACCAAGGACGAGGAAUCAAAGCAGCCAUCCGGAACUCCUGCAAAGCUCAAGAGCACAGCCCCCAUAGGUAAUACUAGCGGGCUAGGAGCCAAGCCAGGGUCACUGAUCCGAGUCUUCAUAAUUCGAGACAAACACUCGGAUGCUAGCUGUAGAUACGGUUUCGCUGAAUUCUCCCAAAUGGAGGAUGCUCGCGCCAUUAUGGCAAAGUUCAACGCUAGCCCGCAGUUUACCAUCGCCUCCAAGACUGUGUCGAUAGCAUACAUACAUUCAGGGGUCUUCAUCCCCUAUUUCAAGACCGUGCCCGACGGAGAGUCCAAGUUCACAUUUUCGGCAACUCACAACCCCUCGCUGAGACUGAGUUACUGGAACCCAUCGGUCUACGCGAGCGAGUUCGUCAUCUUCAACGAGGCUCUGUACGAGGAAAAGCCAACAGAGCCACCCACCGCCGAGACGACCGCAUCCGCCAAAGAAUCUAAGAAGAGGAAAGCAGAGAAGGACUUGGUUGCCCCUAGCGGCAAGAAAGUGAUCGCCAUGGCCCCUCAACUACAACGAUGGGCAAACAAACAUGCAGAGCUCCACGGCGCAUCAGCCAAGAAUCCGAGGAAAGCCGGCGAACUUGGCGAGAAGGGCACACUUGUUACUGGAGCAAAUAAACUUGGCCCAGCCGCUACGGCAACCGCUUCCGCACCUGCGACCCAGAGUGUCUCUUAUGCCGAUCUCGAUCGAAUGUGCUGCCUUUUGUGUAGACGCAAGUUUAUCAGCGAGCCAUCCCUCCGUCGACACGAAUCGUUGAGCGAUCUUCAUAAGACCAACUUGGAUGACGCCAGUCUAAUCAAGAAGGCAAUCAAGGCCUUAAAGGAAGUUGGAAAGGAGCCCACUACCAACUAUCGAGACCGGGCCAAGGAGCGCCGACAGGCACACAAUCAGCCGAAUAGGCCAAAGCCCCACCUCUCACGAAACAACCCAGCAGCCGCAAAAGAGAACGACCCAAGUUUCCAAGGAGCGGCACCAAGCAAGCCAGCUAUAUCGAAGGGUGCUGGCCUGUUGGCUAAGAUGGGCUGGAGUGCUGGCUCAGGCUUGGGGGCAGAAGGCGAAGGGAGGACCAACAUCAUCGAGAGCACAGCAUACGCACCUGGUGUUGGACUGGGCGCUGAGGGAGGUAAGAUUGGCGACGCGGCCGAGCAAGCUGCCCGUGCUACGAGGAAUGAUUAUGCCGAUUUUGUGGCCAAAGCCAAGGAUAAGGCAAGGGAACGGUACGAGAGAAUGGAAUAGAUAGGCUCGGCUCUGGGAUUCCCGUUCGGGUGGAAGCUGUACGAUACCCUUUUUUUUUUUCGCUUUUCUGGACAUCUGUAAGGAUGAAGGCGAUGUAUACUACUCAAUUGCAGUAGAUAUGCGGCGAAACACCUUUGACCAUGACAGCUCUGGGCCUUGUUUGACUUGAUGCACUUCACUGAACGUUCAUCAUUUACACCCCACUUGAUGGCCAGACUUAUGGGUGUUUCAGAAACAACUGCCAAAUUGAUUCCAAUUUUGCCCCUUCAUUGCUUACGUCGGCUAAUUGGUCAAUGUCCUCGCGGCUUCAUUAUUGAAACUGAUUAACCUAGUCGACUCUAAUAGUCCCGUUUACUAUGUUCAAUAUAGCCGUCUGGGCGAUCAAUUCUCCGCCUUCUGUAAUGCCUUUACUUUAAGGGUAUGUUAACAUUGUAACUGUUUUCCUUCCUUUUCGCCGUAUGUUUAUGAUAAAG